AUGUCCGUCUCGUCAGCCAUAUUCCGUUUAAUGUCGCAAUAUCGUCGUUGGCGGGAGGCCGCGGCCGGUCGCAUGCAUUUACAUACAUUAAUGUGGACGCAGCACAUGCACCUCGCUCCGAAUCUACUGAAUAUUAACGUCAACUUUUCGGCGAGGGUGUCGUAUAGUUUGGCGGUCGCACUCAAUGCGGAGAGGCUUAAGUUGACAGAAUGUAAACGGCGAGGAGACAACUGGGGCUCGGGAAAGGGGGGUCGUAAAAAGGGCAAUGCCAUAAUUGUGGUAAGACCGAGGCACGCCGUCACUGACUCCACGGCGGCGCACGAGCCCGUCGCUUCUACCUGCUACCCCUCG